GAGACAGAGUCUCACUCUGGUCGCCCAGGCUGGAGUGCAGUGGUGUGAUCUCGGCUCACUGCCAGUUCUACCUUCCGGGUUCAUGCCAUUCUCCUGCCUCAGCCUCCCGAGUAGCUGGGACUACAGGCGCCCGCCACCACGCCCGGCUAAUUUUUUGUAUUUUUAGUAGAGACGGGGUUCACUGUGUUAGCCAGGAUGGUUUCGAUCUCCUGACCUCGUGAUGCACCCGCCUCGGCCUCCCAAAGUGCUGGGAUUACAGGUGUGAGCCACCGCGCCCAGCCAAAAACUUUUUUUUUUACAUUGAAGAUUCUUUGAUAUAAAAGUUUUGUCCCUUCUAAGAGACUGAAAAGCUUCUUUUCAGCAAAAUUCUGUAUCCUACUAUCUUCCCAUUUAGAACUGUGUCUAAAUUAAAAGUGGGCUCUCAGAUCCUGACAGGGUCCUCUCUGAAUAAAUUAUUUAUUUAUUUAUUUGAGAUGGAGUCUUGAUCUGUCACCUAGGCUAGAGUGCAGUGGCAUGAUCUGGGCUCACUGCAACCUCUGCCUCCUUCAAGUGAUUCUCCUGCAUCAGCCCCCCAAGUAGCUGGGAUUACAGGCGUAUGCCAGCACUCCUGGCUAAUUUUUGUGUUUUUAGUAGAGAUGGGGUUUCACCAUGUGGCCAGGCUGGUCUCCAACUCCUGACCUCAAGUGAUCUGCACCCCACCCCCCUGCCGCUUGGCCUCCCAAAGUGCUGGGAUUACAGGCACGAGCCACUGCGCCCGGCCCUCUCUGAAUAAAUUAUGUCAUGAAGUCCAUUAAAGGUGAUGCUCUUUUUGCUAUGUUCUAGAUAGCUAGGAUUGUCAAGCAUUUAUGAUAUAAUUUUAAAUUAUGCUGCUAUUUACUGAAGAAUUUAUAAAUAGUAGCUUACCUUGUUCUUUCAUUUGUUAUACCUUAGUGAGCAAAGGAGCAAUAUUAAUUACUACCUUUACAAUAUUUGGUGUUAAAAAAUUUGAUUAGUGAGCAUUUUAUCUGGUAACUCCAUAGAAUAUUUGAUUAAUUACCUUAUUCUUUGAUGACAUAUUACAAUUGGCCUUAUGCUUUUGUAAUACAUUGUUUUUUUAGUACUAUGAAAUCAAGUCAUAAUAGGUACUUGUUACUUUUAAUGAGAAUUUCAUAUGAAUCACAUUUUUAUAAGGUACUUUAAAAAAAUUAUACAGUUGACUUCAAGGGACCUUCAGAAGCAAAGCACCUACAUAUAAUGGUGCUUGACAAUUUUAUAAAGUUAGCAUGACCAUGAUUUACCACCUUUUCCAACUUAUAACAUCUGUGAAUUUGCUUGAAACACAUACUGCCAGCCAGUCAUAGUCAAAUCCUGUCUCCAUAUCCCUGCCCCUCCUGGGAGCACAUUUAUUUAUUAUGUCUUUGCGUAAUUAUUCUUAUCAUUGGAAACAGUGUGCUUGAUGUUAAUGUUCAAAUCUGUCAGAGGUAACACUUCUUUUCAUAGCUACUUUGUAAUCCUUUUUCUAACUAUGAGGUAAAGAAUACAUAAAGAGGAAUUUAUAUUAGAUAAGUAUUUCAUCAUAAAUGUUCAGGUAUGACUACAGUACACAACAUAUUCGAAGAUGAUUGCCGUAAUAUGCAAGACCUCUAUGAGUGUCCUACAAGCCACUAUCAGAAGAUAAAGGAUUAUUGUUUUGGUGAUUCAGUACCACAAGUGGUGUUGCUAUUGGUUUCAUGAUUUUCCAAAAUGGUAAAGAGCUUUUGAUGAAGUUCCAAAUACCAUGUGAUCUUCCUUUGGUUAUAUAAUUACAUUCUUGGGAAGAUCAAUGUGUAUUACAUGUAUAUUAAGAUAUACAUUAGAUGUGUAUUAAAACUUCAGAGUUUCAGGCUUUGUUUCAAGUUGUACUUAAUGGAUUUACUAUUUUUCAAUAAGUUAAACUUUAAAAAUUGUUUUGGCUUAAAUUUCUAAUAUGGUAACUGUGGAUAGAUAUAACCUACAUAAACAAAAGCUUUUUGGAGUUCUCAAUCGUAAUAGUGUAAAGAAGCCCUGAGACCAAAGAGUUUGAGAACCACACAUCUAGAGUAAUGUUUUUGUUGUUUUAGAGCAUUGCUUUUCAACUAGAGCCAUGCAUUGGAAUCGCCUGUGAUUACACAAGAACCUGAUAACAUUGAUUGCCUGUGGGAAGGGGAGCUGGUGGCCAAUGGUUGAGAACAGGACUUUUUAUGCUGAUGUAGCCCAGCAGUUCCAGUAUGCUGUGCGGGUGAUUGGCAGCAACUUCGCCCCAACUGUUGAAAGAGAUGAAUUUUUAGUAGCUGAAAAAAUCAAGAAAGAGCUUAUUCGACAACGAAGAGAAGCAGAUGCUGCAUUAUUUUCAGAACUCCACAGAAAACUUCAUUCACAGGGAGUUUUGAAAAAUAAAUGGUCAAUACUCUACCUCUUGCUGAGCCUCAGUGAGGACCCACGCAGGCAGCCAAGCAAGGUUUCUAGCUAUGCUACGUUAUUUGCUCAGGCCUUACCAAGAGAUGCCCACUCAACCCCUUACUACUAUGCCAGGCCUCAGACCCUUCCCCUGAGCUACCAGGAUCGGAGUGCCCAGUCAGCCCAGAGCUCCGGCAGCGUGGGCAGCAGUGGCAUCAGCAGCAUUGGCCUGUGUGCCCUCAGUGGCCCCGCGCCUGCGCCACAAUCUCUCCUCCCAGGACAGUCUAAUCAAGCUCCGGGAGUAGGAGAUUGCCUUCGACAGCAGUUGGGGUCACGACUCGCAUGGACUUUAACUGCAAAUCAGCCUUCUUCACAAGCCACUACCUCAAAAGGUGUCCCCAGUGCUGUGUCUCGCAACAUGACAAGGUCCAGGAGAGAAGGGGAUACGGGUGGUACUAUGGAAAUUACAGAAGCAGCUCUGGUAAGGGACAUUUUGUACGUCUUUCAGGGCAUAGAUGGCAAAAACAUCAAAAUGAACAACACUGAAAAUUGUUACAAAGUAGAAGGAAAGGCAAAUCUAAGUAGGUCUUUGAGAGACACAGCAGUCAGGCUCUCUGAGUUGGGAUGGUUGCAUAAUAAAAUCAGAAGAUACACGGACCAGAGGAGCCUGGACCGCUCAUUCGGACUCGUCGGGCAGAGCUUUUGUGCCGCCUUGCACCAGGAACUCAGAGAAUACUAUCGAUUGCUCUCUGUUUUACAUUCUCAGCUACAACUAGAGGAUGACCAGGGUGUGAAUUUGGGACUUGAGAGUAGUUUAACACUUCGGCGCCUCCUGGUUUGGACCUAUGAUCCCAAAAUACGACUGAAGACCCUUGCGGCCCUAGUGGACCACUGCCAAGGAAGGAAAGGAGGUGAGCUGGCCUCAGCUGUCCACGCCUACACAAAAACAGGAGACCCGUACAUGCGGUCUCUGGUGCAGCACAUCCUCAGCCUCGUGUCUCAUCCUGUUUUGAGCUUCCUGUACCGCUGGAUAUAUGAUGGGGAGCUUGAGGACACUUACCACGAAUUUUUUGUAGCAUCAGAUCCAACAGUUAAAACAGAUCGACUGUGGCACGACAAGUAUACUUUGAGGAAAUCGAUGAUUCCUUCGUUUAUUACGAUGGAUCAGUCUAGGAAGGUCCUUUUGAUAGGAAAAUCAAUAAACUUCUUGCACCAAGUUUGUCAUGAUCAGACUCCCACUACAAAGAUGAUAGCUGUGACCAAGUCUGCAGAGUCACCCCAGGACGCUGCAGACCUAUUCACAGACUUGGAAAAUGCAUUUCAGGGGAAGAUUGAUGCUGCUUAUUUUGAGACCAGCAAAUACCUGUUGGAUGUUCUCAAUAAAAAGUACAGCUUGCUGGACCACAUGCAGGCAAUGAGGCGGUACCUGCUUCUUGGUCAAGGAGACUUUAUAAGGCACUUAAUGGACUUGCUAAAACCAGAACUUGUCCGUCCAGCUACGACUUUGUAUCAGCAUAACUUGACUGGAAUUCUAGAAACCGCUGUCAGAGCCACCAACGCACAGUUUGACAGUCCUGAGAUCCUGCGAAGGCUGGACGUGCGGCUGCUGGAGGUCUCUCCAGGUGACACUGGAUGGGAUGUCUUCAGCCUCGAUUAUCAUGUUGACGGACCAAUUGCAACUGUGUUUACUCGAGAAUGUAUGAGCCACUACCUAAGAGUAUUUAACUUCCUCUGGAGGGCGAAGCGGAUGGAAUACAUCCUCACUGACAUACGGAAGGGACACAUGUGCAAUGCAAAGCUCCUGAGAAACAUGCCAGAGUUCUCCGGGGUGCUGCACCAGUGUCACAUUUUGGCCUCUGAGAUGGUCCAUUUCAUUCAUCAGAUGCAGUAUUACAUCACAUUUGAGGUGCUUGAAUGUUCUUGGGAUGAGCUUUGGAACAAAGUCCAGCAGGCCCAGGAUUUGGAUCACAUCAUUGCUGCACACGAGGUGUUCUUAGACACCAUCAUCUCCCGCUGCCUGCUGGACAGUGACUCCAGGGCACUUUUAAAUCAACUUAGAGCUGUGUUUGAUCAAAUUAUUGAACUUCAGAAUGCUCAAGAUGCAAUAUACAGAGCUGCUCUGGAAGAAUUGCAGAGACGAUUACAGUUUGAAGAGAAAAAGAAACAGCGUGAAAUUGAGGGCCAGUGGGGAGUGACGGCAGCAGAGGAAGAGGAGGAAAAUAAGAGGAUUGGAGAAUUUAAAGAAUCUAUACCAAAAAUGUGCUCACAGUUGCGAAUAUUGACCCAUUUCUACCAGGGUAUCGUGCAGCAGUUUUUGGUGUUACUGACGACCAGCUCUGACGAGAGUCUUCGGUUUCUUAGCUUCAGGCUGGACUUUAACGAGCAUUACAAAGCCAGGGAGCCCAGGCUCCGUGUGUCUCUGGGUACCAGGGGGCGGCGCAGCUCCCACACGUGAAGCUCGCGGUCCUCCCAGGGAGCUGCGGGUGAUGUUCGUUGCACUGCUAGACACGAAAUUCCCAUCGACGUCCUGCAGGAACUGCAUGCUGCAGGUGUCCUGCCCUUCCGCCCACGAGUGCGCCAUGUUUCAGCGGAGCGGCGUGUGGGAGAAGCCACGUCGUGUUUCACAUGUCGGAGUCGAAUGCAUUUGUAAAUCACUAAGUCAAGUAGGCUGGCUGCACUGUUCACAUUUGUCUCUAAAAGUCUUCAUCGCUAAAAGAUACCAUAAUUUGCUGAGGCUUCUUAAGCUUUCUAUGUUAUAAUUUAUAUUUGUCACUUUAAAAAAUCCAUUUCUUUUAGAAAAAAUUAGGGUGAUAGGAUAUUCAUUAGUUAAGAUGGUAACGUCAUUGCUAUUUUUUUAACAUCCUCUUUAGAGGUAAUUUUUGUUAACAUAACCAAAAAUUAAAUUGAAACAAAGUGUCCCAACUAAGAAAAUAUAUAGAGCAUUUUAUUUUUUUUUAGUGUUGUAAAAUAUUAACCUCUGUGAGAUCCUUUGUAUCUUAAUGCAUUACCUUUACACAUAUUUAUUCUUAUUUUCUCUCCUUUCAGAGUUUACAUUUUUAUAUUUAAUUUACUAUUUCAGAUUUUUAAAAUAGUAUAGAAAAAAGUAGGAGGGAUAGAGAACAAAAAUACUCCUAUACAGUGCAACCCAAAUACCGCGAAUGCAUCAGCUAAAGCAGCGUGUAAAUAGGAAUGACGAGAAAGUUAAUGGAGUAUUUUAUUUUCAAAGUUCCUGAUAAGCAUUGGAAAGAAAUCGACAUGGAUAAUGAAGAUUUCCUUUUUCCUUGCCUAUUUUUUCAUUGUAAAUAUUUAUAUACUACUGACCAAGAUGUUGGGGUGGGGGGGAUUGUUUUUUGUAAAAAUGUCAUUAUCAGGUCACAUAAAUCUGCCUUUAUGUUGCAUAAGUGAAAAUUUAGAAAAUUAAAAGCAAUUAUCUUUCA